AGUCCAGUCCAUACCAAAGGAAUGUUGAUUUGCUCAUUACUGAAAGGCAGGAUGCAAGCACCUAUACAUGGUAAUUAUUUCAUUGUUGCGGCAGCUUCACUUCAAGUUCAAGUUCAAGGACAAGUUAUUGGAAUUCCAAUCAACUCAGCAGCAUACGCCUUUGGGAGCUCGCCAAAGAGACUUCUGCCUGAUCCUGCUAUUCAAUAUCCUGAAACUGGGCCUUCAAAACUGAGACCAACUGGUAGAGUUAACUCAGUGCUGAAGAGAAUGAACAAGCUUGGGAAGAAGGCAGACAGUUUCGCACAUGGAGUCAAAGAGCAUGUGAGACUGGGGCCCAAGAUCACAGAGACAGUGAAGGGGAAGUUGAGCCUGGGGGCUAAAAUUAUUCAAGUAGGUGGGUUGGAGAAGGUGUUCAAAAAUGUAUUUAGUGUUAGAGCUGGAGAGAAGCUGUUGAAGGCUUCUCAGUGUUAUUUAUCAACCACAGCAGGUCCUAUAGCAGGCCUCCUCUUCAUCUCCACAGACAAGAUAGCCUUUUGCAGUGAGAGAUCAAUCAAACUCUCAUCACCAAAUGGAGAACUGAUUAGAGUCCACUACAAGGUUGUGAUCCCAGUGAAUAAGAUAAAGAGAGUAAACCAAAGUGAGAAUGUGAAGAAGCCAUCACAGAAGUACAUAGAAAUAGUUACUGUGGAUAAUUUUGACUUCUGGUUUAUGGGUUUCUUGAACUACCAGAAAACUUUGAAAUAUCUCGAGGAGGCAAUUUCUCAAGCUUAGAGAAAAUGCAAUUGAUGUGUGCUAAAAAGCAGAGUCAUUUGUUUCCCUCUGCUUCAUCAGAUAUUGUAAUUAUCAUGCAAAGCUAGAUAAAAGAGAGCAAGCUCAAUACCAUUACGGACAAUGUAUAAAAAAAUUUCUUUUCUUUUAAUGAGAAAAUACUAUUUUCUU